AUGGCUCUGCGGGAAAUGACAGGUAAUGAAGUAUUCGUUCAGAUCUCAGUUCACUUGGGCAUACGGACGUAUCCACUGGAGGCCGGUAUGAUAACCAUCUGCGUCACGUCCGAUAUCCUUGCCAUUGGCGCUGACCAUCUUAAGGAUAAAGAAGAGGAGUUUUCGUUGGACCCCACUACCACCAACAACCCAUGCAUCACCUGUUUCUUUAUGUAUGCACGAACUUUCCUCGCCGCCCAUGUUGUGCUCCUUGCAUUGGUACUAUCUCGGUGUCCAAUGUCGACGCUCCUCGCCACGGCAAUGUUUGUCGUUCCUGCCUUGCUCUGGACCACUCCGAUCAGCUUCAAGAAGUUUUGGCUAAUCUCGAGGCGCCUCCAUGGGAGGUUUGGCAGAGAUAACUACCAGCCUUCUAGAUCUGCACCUGAACUGGUCAUCAAACGCGUCCCAGGCAUGAAAGCAAUUUUCAAUGGCACCAUUCGAGGGCGUGGCAUCUACGCUGUGGUUUUCUCCGUGUUGUCGGGAUCAGGCAAUCUCACUAGCACGUUGCCGUCUCCAUGGAGCGUCGUUCAACUGAUAAUCAUGGCCGAUGUCCGUGAUUUUGAAGAAGAUAUGAAGGCCGGGGUCCCCACUAUACCUGUCCUUCUCGGUUCAAUACUCAAAAUCAAGGUCAUAUUGACGCUGUCUAUUCGCCGCAGUUCUGGUGUGGAUACUGGGCAAAGACUCGCCAAAAAAGGUGUUCUUGUUUAGCUCCCAUUCGCAGUCCCUGUUUACUAUUUGGUAUCUGUUGACGAGGCAGUAUCCUCCGUUAUAAUCAACAAGUACUUUAGAGUUUCGAGAUGCAACUGGAUAUAUAUGUAGAUUGUUGUUUUCUCACCAUAAUUAUCAUGUUAAGUUACCUACGUAGACUUUGUAUGGGCAUAAGCACAAUUCCCUAGCUGUGAUAAACCGAGUUCUCUAUAAGAUGAAAUACACUGCUG